AUGGCUUCUAAAGCGCUCAACAACACAGCAAAUGAUUCUACUGAACAAAUCACCGCCAUCAGCGACUUGAAGCCAAAGCACACUACUAAGAUGGUUCAUGUCAAGGGGCAUAAAAUCCAUGCAAGCUGCAAAAAGACUUACUUUGAGAGUAAAGGAAGACUUCUUCUGGUUGGAGUAUGGCGCAACAUCAGAAACUUCCAAGUCAGGCCUGCUGGAGGAGCAUAUCGCACAACAAACCAUAUCUACAAGAUUUCAUUUAAUCAAGCAACAGUCGUUAGUCGGUCCAAUUUCAUGAAUGAUGACUUAUAUCUUAAUUUGGUCGAUUUUCAAAGCGUUCUAUCUGGAACUCUUGAUGAAAAAUACCUAAUAGAUGUGCUGGGCCAAGUUUUGGAUUGUGGUGCUGUCGAAACUAUUCAAUGUGCUGGUGGAAACCAGCGUAAAAAACUAGAGUUCACCCUAAGAGACAUCAAUGAUUCAAGAAUACCAUGCUGUAUUUGGGGCAAGUUAACCGACACUCUCCAUUCUGCCUGCAAUCAAGACGAUGGUUUGGUUACUUUGCUUCUGAGGUUUGCAAAAAUUGGAAAGUUUAGAGGAGAAGUACAAAUCUCUAACUCCUUUGAUGCUUCUCAAAUGAUCAUCAACCCUGCAAUACCAGACGCAGAAGCAUUUAAAGAUAUGGAUACUGGGGAUGACAAAACUCUAAUGCCGUAUGAAAGUAAUGAGGACAGUCAAGAGUACAUCAAGAAGUAA